ACAAAACAAACGUCUCUAUGCUAUGUGUCAGUCGUACUCGUACAUACUUGUUUUAUCUGUGUGUGUGCAGGUCGUUGAAAACGUUUUGUUUUAAUAUCUUUGUUGUUAUAGAGUUUUAUACGUGUUUAGUAAAAGUGUCUUAAUUAAAUUUAAAACAAUGUCUUUUAGAACUAAUACAGAUGAUUCCGAAACAACGUCUAGUGAAGACGAAAUCAUGCUAAAACCUAAGUCUCGCAAAACUAUACGUGUUGUAAGCUCAGAUGAAGAAAGUGACGAAGCCGAGGUGUUUUCGCCUAGUACUCGCAGGAGUUUGGGAAUUAGAAGGCAUACAACGUACAUCAGUUCAUCUGACGAUGAUUCUCUUAAUAGUCCAUCCAUUAUACAAGAAGUCGAAAGUGUCACAACCGAAUCAAACAUACAUGACAAUUCGUAUGACAGUGAGGGUUCAUCAGAUGAAUUAUGUGAUAAUUCUGAUUCUCAAUUCAAAGCGAAUUAUAACACACCUAAAACUGCUUUUGAACGAUUGAGUAAUAAGCGAUCUAGAUUAUUUUCUCCAAAUGACAGUAUGCGGCACUUGAAUAAAAAAUUAAAUCCUUCAAAUAGAAGCUUUCAAUUAGUUGCUCACAAAGAACAUACCGAUGUUAAUGCAGAUGUUAGUGAAGACAUGAGUAGAAUUUCAUCUGAACCAGAAAAAGAAAGUAUUGAGGAAGAUGUGGGCAUGAGAGAUUCUAAGAAAGAAGGUGAAAAACUGGAAAAAUGUGAGGAUUUACAUUUACAAGAUACCAUGAAUUGUCUAGAAACUCAUAUGAAUGUUAGUGAACCAAAUUCUAGUCAGGCUUUAAUUGAAACGUCAGAAACGGUCAAUAAUAGUCAAGAAAUUGAAACAUCAAAUAAAGAUACCAUGAAUUGUCUAGAAACUCAUAUGAAUGUUAGUGAACCAAAUUCUAGUCAGACUGUAAUUGAAACGUCAGAAACUGUCAAUAAUAGUCAAGAAAUUGAAACAUCAAAUAAAGAAGAUAUGAUUUCUAAAAGCAGUAUUAUAUUGCAAAAGUCUGUUUCACUACAUACUGUUGUGAAUCCGAUAAAUGAUUUAGAAAGCACCAAACAUUACCGAGAGAUUAUUAAUGAUUCUUACGAUGAUAAUAGUUCGGUUUCAAUGGAAUUAAAAUUUAAUAAGUAUUUGCAGGAAGUUGAAGACAAUUAUGAAAUUGGUGCACCCACAAUGUGCUCAUCAUUUUAUGUGAAACCAAAAAUAGAAAAUACUCAAAUAGAGUCAGCAAAUGUUACAGCACUUGAUUCUUCAUUGGAGACAAUAGCUGAAGAUGAUAACUUACAAAGUAAAGCUGACCAAAGUGUUCUUCUAGUUGAACAAUCUAAGAGUUCCAUUAUUGUUGUUGAAGAAAGUGACCAGGAUAGCAAUGAUUCUUCAGAUAAAGAAGUAGAAGAAGUUAAAAUAAUUUCUCCCCCUACCACAAAAUAUGUAACCCUGGAAGAAUUUGAAAAAGAAAAAAAAAAGCUAGAUGAUAUGAGAGAGAAAUUGCGCAAGAUUCAUAACAUGAUUAGCACUUUAAAACUAGAUACAUUAGAAGACAAUGGAAAAAGAAUAUUAGAAGCAAAGGAACAAUUAAUUCUAGAUGUACGAAACCAUGCAGAAAAAAUUGCGAAGAUGUUUAUAGUUGAUAAAGGUUCUUCAGAGGCAGAUAUGAAAGUGAUGGGAUUUGAAAAUAUUGACAAUAUAGCACCUAAAACAUUUGGAAAACAGGCACUUGAUACGUUUGGCACCCAAAAAUUAUUGACAGUGGACACAUUGAAGAAUUUACAUGGCUCGCUUGCCACCUGCCCAGAUGAAAAUACAUUAGCAAAACAACCAGUAAAUGUUAAAGUUGAACUUAUGAGACAUCAAUUAAGGGCAUUGGCAUGGUUAAUUUGGAGGGAAUCUCAGAAGCCGCCUGGUGGCAUUUUAGCUGAUGACAUGGGUUUGGGGAAAACGUUGACAAUGAUAUCUUUAGUUCUUUAUGAUAAAGAGCAUGAAAUUAGCGAUGAAGAGGACAGAGAAUCAAAUGAUGAGGAGGGUUCAUGGAUUGAUAAAAACAAAAAGAAAAUUUUACCUGGAGGAACUCUUGUCAUAUGCCCGGCUAGUUUAUUGAAGCAAUGGGAGCUGGAGGUUGAGCGACGUUGUAGAAGAAACAGUUUAACUGUACAUUUACAUCAUGGUGCUAAGAGAGAGACUGUCAGACCCAAAUAUUUAGCUGGCCAAGAUAUGGUUAUAACUACCUAUAACAUAGUUUCUCGAGAUCAUAUUCCGCCCCAGGGAAACAUAUUUAAUAUUAAAUGGAAACGAAUUAUAUUGGAUGAAGCCCAUAUUAUUCGCAAUGACAAGGCAAAGUCCUCUGCAGCUGUUUGUGAUUUAUUAGCCAGGAAACGCUGGGCACUUACUGGCACGCCAAUUCAAAAUAAAGAACAUGAUCUCUAUGCCUUGCUUAAGUUUUUGCGCUGUCGUCCCUUUGAUGACUUAGCUCAUUGGAAAAGGUGGGUUGUAAAUAAGACAGCAGGUGGACAACAGAGAUUAAAUACAAUAUUGAAAAGCUUACUUCUAAGAAGAACUAAAGCUCAACUCCAGAUUGAUGGUCAACUUUCUUCGCUUCCUGAAAAAGAAAUUCAUUCUUUUGAUGUUACUCUUGACAGAGAAGAGAUGAUGGUUUACCAGAAAGUUUUGUUAUAUUCUCAGUCUUUAUUUGCCGACUUUUUAGAACAGCGUGCUGCAAGAAAUGAAAAUCAUCCAUUUGCAUCAUCUAAUAAAUAUAACAAACAAGUUUACGAAAAAGCACACAAGAAAAUGAGCAAAAUAUUGGGGGGUGGUAGUGAAGAAAUUAAAACAUUCCAAAUUUUAGUUUUGUUGUGCAGAUUACGGCAAAUUUGUUCUCAUUGUUCUUUAAUUUUUAAUAUGCUGGAUGAUGACAUAUGUGCGAAUGAUUCCAAUGAGAACUUUGAGGAUACCGACAUACUUGAGAAACUGAAUGAUUUAAUGUUGGAUGAUGAUGCAAAAGAUGAAUCACAGGCAGAGAAGAACACAGGCAAUAUUAUGAGCAAAAACAACCCAGUUUUCAGUAAAGAUAGAAUCAGCUCAAAACUUCGAUUGGUUCUCGACUUAAUAAUGGAGAAAAUAGAAGAUGGUGAUAAAGUAAUUGUAGUUUCACAAUGGACUUCAGUCCUACACUUGUUGGAAAAAUAUUUAAAGAGUUUAGAACUAAGUUCCAUAGUAUUAUGUGGAACAGUCCCAGUGAAAGAUCGAGCAGAGAUAGUUGAUAAAUUCAACACACCAAAUAAGAAUCCAAAGAUCAUGCUAUUGUCUCUCACUGCUGGUGGUGUGGGAUUGAAUCUUGUAGGAGGUAACCAUCUUAUUUUGUUAGAUUUACACUGGAAUCCACAGCUUGAAAGCCAAGCACAAGAUCGAAUUUACCGAGUUGGACAAACAAAAGCAGUUCACAUUUAUAAGUUUAUUACUAAGGAUACAAUAGAGGAAAAGAUAAAAGCACUUCAAGAUAAAAAGUUGCUUAUUGCUGAUUCUGUUCUUACUGGUGCUAAAUAUCAGCAAUCAAGCAAGUUAUCCAUUGAUGAACUGAAAGCUUUAUUUGGAGUUGGCGAACUUAAUUGAUGAAAAUAAUGUGAUAUUAGGUGUUAAUGGA